GACAUAGCGCGAAACGAAAGUAUAAAAACAUUAACAAUAAAAUAAGAAAAUGGCGACAAAUUCAGAGGAUACAUUAAUCCAAGAAAACAUUGAGGAAUACAUUAACGACGACAAUAAAAUUGUACUUUAUUGUAGUGUUAAUCGUUAAGAAUAGAAUAAUUAAUGCAAAUUUACACCCAUUUUCUGAAAUACAUUCCCCCCACCCCCCAAUCAUAUUAUUUAUUAAUACCAACAAAUAAAUAAGUUAAAAAACAUUAAUAUUAAUCAUUAAUAAAUGACAAUGACUAUCAAUGAAGAACAGUGACAGUGAGUUUGUGACUGACAAUGACAUUACACUGAGUCACUGACAACACUGAGACAGACAACACUCAACAGUAUACAACAGUUAACACUAACACUGAAAACACUUAUAUAUAUCUAUGUCUAUACUAUUAUUAUUAUUACUAAUCAGUUAAAUCGGUAAUAAAUUUUAAAAAAUAUAAUUUUACCAUACCGGGAAUCAGAAGUGAGAGGUUGGGAUUGAAAAUUAUUAAAAAUAUUAUUGUUGGGUUUGUAAGACAAAAUUUGGUAUCAAAUCAAUGAUAAUUGAAUGGACUCAACUCCAACUGUUUUAUAUUAAUAUAAUUUAAUUAUAAUAAUACUGAUCAUGAAAAAAGGUUGUCAUGCAGGAAGCUUCAUGCGUGACGUCUGAACUCUGGUAAAUAGGUUGAUUUUUUUUCUUUAAGGGGAGGCCACUAUUAUUCAGUGUUGCUAUUGUUCAUGUUCCAUUGUCACUAAUGUCACUCAGUGAGCUUCAGGCCUAAUGUCUGAACGCCAGUAAAUAGAUUGAUUUUUUUCUUAAUAAAGGAACUUUAUCAAUAUUUUUUCACAUCUUUGUUCUGGGGCUGCACGCCACUCAGAACUGGGUCAUGGGCCAUUCUUGCACUUCAGGCAUGUGUGCACCUGUGAGUCUUUUCUGUAGCCUGGUACAGGAAGUUAUUGCUAUUUUCGUAAUACUUCAACUGUUAGUAUUUGUUAUAAAAUGAAUGACAGUAGUAUCUUCUCUGGCGGCAGGUUUUUAUACGGCAUCUCUAUUCCAGGAUCCGGCAACUGCCUGUACUUAUCAGUGGGUUAUUUCUUGACACAAACCAUUGACAAAAGCAGUGCACUCUCACUACAACCUAGUGCAGUAGAUUUUGUUGAUUACAGAAAAUGAGAAUUUUAAAACCUUUUUUGUUACACUUGGACUUGGACCAAACAGGUAUUUUCUCAAAAUACUUGGACCUGGUGUAAAAGAACUACACCUGGUUAAGCCCUAGUUACGAAAUAAUUAUAGAAGAAUUCAGAGCAAUAAAAAAAAUAAACCUAUUGUAUGCAGACCCAACCAAAGUCCCAUCAUUAAAAAAAGACAGGCUGCAUUGGACAGGAUAUCUUUAAUUCUAAAUGAUGCCAAAUUAUAAGGAGAAAAAGGGGUUUCGAGUUCUAAUUUGAAGUGAGGGAGAUUUGCAUAAGUUGGUGCACUCUUAUUGAGACAAAAGCCGUAGAUAUGUCUGUAUAGAACGCUGUGGACAUGAUGGAGCAUGCCAGAGCAUUCUGUUGGCUGUAGCGCCAACAUUGAUGUUGAUGAAAUAAUUAUUGAAAAGUUAAUAUUCUUGCAUUUUCUUGAUCCUAUGGUCCAAAGAGGGGAGAUAAUAAAUAUAGAAUAGCUCAAAAUUAUUCAGAUCAUUGUCUAAAUGGGGCACAACGGAUAAAAAAUGAAUAUGGCAAACCAAUAAUGAAUUUGACAAUUUUUUAUGUGUUUAUUUAUGAUUAUCUUACAUUGGAUGGUGAAAUUAGUAAUUUAUUACAUUGUUUCUAUUGGUAGGUAACAUGCCGCUGGUUAAGUCUGAUGCUGAAUUUAAAUAUAAAUGAUGCAAAAAGGUAAGUGCAAUAAUCUGAUUGUACAUCUAGAAUUGCCCUAUUUGAAUGGUUAUUAUAGAUUAUUACAUUAUCUUUUAGAGAGGUAUCGUUGAUGUGUGGGAAUAUCAGGCGCAGAACUACUUAAAAGCUAAGUAUUUUAUAACAGUGUUAUCAAAGAGAAUUCCUCCAUUCUACACAGUUGUUAAAAAAAUCAUGAUAUAUCUUAUAAUGAAAGACUGCAAAUAUUACAUCUGACAUAGGUUAGUGUUAGAUACACUAGCUUUACAAUUCACACAGUAAUAGAAAUGGCACAUUUUUAAAUUUUACUGUUACCCAGGGUUAAUUUGAGUGUGCUUGAUUUGUGUUUAUUUGAUACAAGUAAUUUAUGAAAUGGCCAUUAGUUUAAUAAGCAUUUUAAAAAAAAAGAAUUUAUACAUUUGUUAAGCCUUCACACAGUAAUUAAAUGAACAAAUUUUUACCUCUCUGGAUUUAGAAAUAUAAACUUAAAAAUUAUCCACCCACUCCUCUCACCUUUUAUGUUUUGCAGGGCUUUGAACACAUUUGUCAAGCAUCAUCGAAACAAGCCAGCUGAUGGUUUAUUUAACGUAACUUAUUUUAUUGCUGGACUUGGCAAGUCCAAAGAUGGGGAACCUGUAAGAAAUUAUUUUGUGUCUUUUAAUUUAAUUUUUUUAAACCAGUCUUCUUAAUAAAUCUGCGUUUCUCAACCUGUGGGUCGCAACCCCUUUAGGAGUCGCAUGAUCCUUUUCCAGGGGUCGCGUAAGACCAACUGAAAACACAAAGCUCUACAGUUAUGAAGAAGAAACGAAAAUAAUUUGUGGUUGGGGGUCGCCACAACAUUAGGAGCCCUUUUAAAGGGUCGCGGCAUUACGAAGGUUGAGAACCACUGUAAUAGAUGAUCUCCCCUAAAACAUUGUUCUCCCUAAAUUUAAAUUAUAGUAAAUACAUUAGUAUUAAUGUAUUGGUUAUCCAUUAGCAAGUAUUAUUUCCCAGUUAUAUUUCUUUUUGUGUGUAUUUAUUUUAUUUUAUUCAAUGGAAAAUCAUCCCAAAUUGUGGAUACAUUCUUGAAUUACAUUUUUAAUUCACUUACCAUGUGACUUUAAAAAAAAAUCUUAGAUGGUUUGUUAAAAAAAAUAAUGCUGCUGUUUUGAUAGGGUUAUUAUUUUAAACUUGAUUAAAUAGGUUAAAAGAAGUCAAAAAAGUCAAGUGUUAAUUUUCAGAUGCACAAAUGUGUUGUGGUGCCAGAGGCUCAUCUGGAAGAAGUAAAGAAUUCAUUGUCCAUUGUUACAAGCUGUCACAUAUACAGUGUGCAGAGGGCCAAACUGAAGGUAAAUUAUUUUCAUAUUUCACGACUCAUUUCACUUAAAAGAAAGGAUGCUGAAAAAUAUACAAAAUAUUCAUAGACUUUUAAACAAGAUGGUAACCUGAUACAAGAUGUAAGAUGCGUAAGAUGUGUUGCACUGGCGGGUUGUGAUUUUAACCAUCAAACAUUUUCUAACAAGGACAUAGACACUUACCUGAUUAUGGAACACAUUUUUAUAAAGAAUUUUACAUAUAAGGAACCUUCUAUUUCAGGAUUACACGUCCCUGUACUUGACAGAUUAUGACAUCAUCAAGAACAAUUUAGAAAAAUGUCAACUGUAAGUAGGCUGAAUAGGGGUGUGCCGGCACACCCCUAAGGCUGAACUAAGAUUUUAUUUGGACUUCAAUCUUUUCCUUCCUAUCUUUUCAUUACACUGACAGAGUGAACAUAUUACAUGAACCUAUGGGACCUAUAUUCUACUAAUAUUACAUGAACCUAUGGGACCUAAAUUCUCCCACUGCUCACAUUUAAGUAAAGCACUAUCAAAUUUUGAUGAAAUAAAUAUUUUGAUAAUUUCAACUUAACACUGAUGAUGAGAACUGUGUUAUAACCAAACUUUUAAUGCAUACAUUUCUUUAGACUCAGCAGUAUCAAAUGUCCAAGGGCUACUCUUAGGCAGCAAUCUAAACCCUCAGUGAAGUCUGAAGGGUCGUCUUCCGAGAUUAAGGUAACAAUAGUUUGACCUCAUUUGUGGAGACAAGUUAAUUAUUCCAACCAAUGUCACUAAAUAAAAGUAACCUAUCUACAGCAAAUAUAAUUUGAAAGCCUAUCUGAACUUUAUCUUCAAGCAGCAAUCAGUAAAAUUUAUAUAAAAGUUAAACUGUUAAUUUGCUUUGCUUUAAAAUUAUCUGUUAGGUAAUGAGGCUAUAUUAGUAAAACUUCAUGAAAUAAACUCUGGGUAGAGAUUAAUUUACUGAUGUACCGGUAUUUACUUUUUCAAAAUUUCAUGUAAAAAAAAUCUCAUUCAGAUUUUUUUUGGAAAUAAAAAGUCACUUUUUAAAGUUGAAACUAAACAAAAAAUUAAACACAACAUCAGGAAACUUGUUGAUCCUGUUUCUUAAACUUGGUACCCAUAGCCCUUGAUUCUCAUGCUGUGAAAACAAAGCACUAGUGGGAACAUUUAAUAUAAGAUAAGAUUCUUUUAUUGAUCCAAACAAAUGGAAAUAUUUUAUGAUUGCAUUGCCCAGUUUCAGCACAUAAAUAAAACAAUUUGAAUUUAAACUAUUUCAAACAGCCAUUCAGUGAGUUCGAUUAGCCAAAUCAGGGACUUCUUAGUUCUCAUUAAGAUGUGUGACUUCAGAGGGAGCACGCUGGUAAAUUCGUACAGAUUGGGGAACAAAGGAAUUUUUAUAUCUUUCAUUCCUCACCCUGAUGGAAAGAAUUCAUCCCGAACGGCCCGAUCCUAAGUAUCUGUGAUGAAGAGGGUGGGAUGUAUCAUCCAAAAUAUGUUUAGUUUUACAAUAACAUCUUUCUUCAAAUAGUUCUUCAAGUGAAGGAUGUUUAGUAGUUUAAGUUAUGUUCCUAGCUUUCUUGAUUAAUCUGUUUAUGUGGUGUUUAAUAUCAGACGUUGAAUUCCCACACCAGCAGGUAAUACUGAAAUUAAGUAGGCUUCCAAUUGUUGCACUGUAGAAUAAGUUAACGACUUGCUUGUUUACGCCGAAAUUGUACAGUUUUUUUGAGGUAGAACAGUCUUUGUUUGAAUUUCUUAUACCGGUACAGCAUUUGGCCAUGCUCAUUCCAUGUUAGCUUAUUAUUAAUGGUGACACCUAAGUAAUUACAUGCCUCUGCUUUCUCUACACUUUGAUUUUUUAUGUUGAGAUCUGUAAGCUGGUGUUUCACCCUCCUGAAAUCAAAAACCAUUUCCUUUGUUUUUGAGACACUCAGCUGGAGAAAAUUUUCAUCGCACCAAUUGAUAAAGCUUGUAACUAAGUUGCGGUAUAGGCCUUCUCCUUCAGAUAUAAAGCCAACGAUGGUGGUAUCAUCAGCAAAUUUUAAGAUAGGAACGGUGUCGCUUGAGCUUUGUAUAUCAUUGGUAUAUAUUGUAUACAGUACAGGGGAGAGAACACAGCCUUGUGGUGCCCCAGUGCUUAUAUCUCUGGUUAGAGAUAAUAGGUUAUUUACUUUGAAAUAUUGUGGUCGAUUUGUUAAAAAGUUCAGUAUCCAAGCCUGAAUAUUUACAUUGACACCUAAAGAAACCUAAAGUUUCUUUAUCAUAAGGUGUGGUUGGAUAGUGUUAAAUGCUGAUGAGAAGUCUAAGAAAAGCACUCUGGGAUUUGUUUUAGGACUGUCUUAGAUGAUGGUAAAGUCUUUUCAACAACAGUAAGAUUGCAUCCUCCGUACUUCUGGCAGGUUUGUUAGCAAAUUGGUGGGGGUCAAAUUUUUGCUGUACUUCAUUCAAAAUUUCUUUUUUAAAAAAUCUUCUCAAAACAUUUCAUUACAAUAUAGGUAAGUGCAACAGGUCGUUAGUCGUUAGCGUAAGUUAUUUUUCUUUGGAAUUGUUAUGAUUUCUGAAUUUUCCCAAUUGUUGGUAUUGUGUGAGUUACAUAAGAUUUAUUAAAUAUGUAACAAAAAAUAUAGGAGAGCUGCUCUGAGCAUAGCUUAACGAGCCGACCACUUAAUUUGUCUGGCCCCGAGGCCUUGGCUGCGUCCACUUGUUUAAAUAAUGACAUCACUUCCUGUUUGGUGAACAAUGAAGUACCAUCCUGUGUACUACUGCCAUCUUUAAAUCAAUUCAUCAUCUCAUUGUGUAGCUUUCCAAAGUCCAGACAGUCAAAACGACAAUAAAAGUCAUUUAAGUCGUUAACAAAAUUCUUCACGUCCUCAAUACACAAGCAUUCACGCUUAGGAGUAUAUCCUAUUAUUUGCUUUAGACCAGCCCAACAAGCUUUUGAGUUGUUAGAUAAUUUGUAAGGAUAAAAACAAAGUACUAACAUAACAUUUGCAUAUUUCUGGAAUUUGGUUUUUAUUUCUCAUUGAUUUCUUGUCUUGUAGUUUGAGAAAGAUGAGCAAAUGGCAGUCAUCUCUAGUAAAUCAGCAACCAGCAGCUCUGCUAAAGGGGUCAGUAAAAAGGCUGAACCGAAGGGCAGCAUUGCAAACAUGUUCGCCUCUGCUGGAAAGAAAGACAAGGGGGAUGAGAAAACCUCACCUGUCUCUGCUAAAGUGAAUGAGCCGACAGAACCAUCAACUAAGGCCAAAGUAAAGGUAAAUUGGUGUUGUGAUUUAAGCAAGGUGUAUAAUUUGUUAAGUGUCUUCAAUCUUCUCAUAACUGUGGUUGAAGAACACAAUGCAAAACUGGUCACAAGGAGCAAGGUGUUAAAUGUCCCAUCUACUUGACUUGUGUCCUGAUUUUUGACUAGCAGAUUUAUAUAUAGUUUAUAUACAAAAAUAUUUUUUUUAAACUCAGUCUUAUCUAACCUGCUUUUGAGGUAAAUCCUCUGAUAAGCCUAAGCUAAGGGGCAUAACUCCAUUUAGAAAUGUACUUAUAAAACCAUCCCAAUCUACUACUACUUCCUAUUUAGCUAUACCAAAACUCUUGGUCUGUUUUUUAUUUCUUCGUUACUGGUACCUCUUGGAGUAAGCUGCUUCUUCUUCCAACAUACUGUAAGCUACGGUUUUUUGUAUUUGCUCUUUACAUUUUGCUUUUUGUUUGCUGACAGUGGCUUUAUUUCUGUUACAUUCAUGGCCUUGUUGAUUUUUUUUUUUUUACAAGCUUUUCUAUACUGUUCCUUGUAACCUUAUGUCCUUAUACUUUAAGACAAUAGUAGUAAUUUUUUCUCGGUCACAUAAAACAACUGUGUAGAAUAUAUAUAUAUUUUGAAAUAAAGAAUCUAAAACAUUUCCUUUUUUUCCUAUAGUCAAAGCCUACUGAGAAGAAGGGUGGUGUCCUUUCACUGUUCAGCAAACAGGAAGUAAAGAAUGCUGAAAAUGCUGAAACCAAUAAAGAAAAAGCCAGUGAAAAAGAACGUUCAAAGGCAUCUGCCACGAAAUCAAAUACAUCCUCCACUAAAUCGAAUCCACCAAAAACAUCACAGACCAAGGAAAAGUGAGUAAAAAUUUGAAGAAAGACGCUCAUCUUUUCUUUAUUCAUCAUUCUUUUACAUUUUAAUGUGGCAAUAGUGUUUACCUUUCUUUGGCUAAAAUUAAGAGAAAUUGUGCUAAUGUAGUUUUUCAACAUAAUAUCAAUAUAAGUGAGAAUUUUUAUGUUGUUAAUUACUUGGAAAAACCAACAUUUACCAGAUUAUACUGUUAAUAAUUGUUUAAGCUACUCAGGUAUUUAAAAAAAAAUGUUUUCAAAUAUCUUCAAACUUUUAAACAUCACUGUGUUGAUUCUGUCAUUAACAUGUAUAACUUAGGACUACAGUAGUCAUCAUGACAUCUGUUUAUCACUUAGGUCUACAGUACUCAUCAUGACAUCUGUUUAUCAUUUAGGUCUACAGUGCUCAACAUGAAAUCUGUUUAUCAUUUAGGUUUACAGUACUCAACAUGACAUGUUUGUCAUUUAGGUCUAUAGUAAUCAUCAUGACAUCUGUUUAUCACUUAGGACAACAGUACUCAACAUGACAUCUGUUUAUCAUUUAGGUCUACAGUACUCAAGACGGACAUCUGUUUUUAACUUAUUUAUUUUUCAUUGUUAUAGGAAAAACAUGAAAAAAAGAACAAAAGACUCAGGUAAAAAGAUAAAAUUUUUCAUCCUCAGCCUUUUUCUUUUAUCCGUCUCACAAGUGAUGUUUGUUUGUCAGCAGUGUUAUUGAAAUAUUUUAUUUAGUAUUAAGUCAUUAAGCAUCUCCAAAUAAGUAAUUACAAUUUAAUACACAAUUGGUUUUCAAGACAUUUGUAGAUAAAUAAAUGACAUGCCUGGUUUAAUAAAUUAUUUAAUUUUUUAAAAUUUCCUGCUAAUCCAGGUGAUGAAGAUGAAGAAAUUUUAGAAAGAAAACACAGGCGUCGAAUCAGGACAGAUUUAUUUGAUUCUAGUGAUGAAGAAGAAUAUGGUAAUAGCAUAAUAUGAACAGCAAUGUUCUAUUGCAUUGAAUUAUACGGAUCAUAAAUAUAAAAAUAAAGUAUAUUUUAUUUUAAGUCACAAAAUUUAUUAAGAGUUUUAUUUAAAAUUUGGGCUAACAGAAAAUUGAUUUUUUUCCCCACUCAUUUGGAAACUAAAGAUGUUUGUAGCUAUUUAUACCAACUUAGAUAGCUGUAGACACUCGACAAACAAAAAAAUAUGUGUAAAUAAGUUGGUAAAUUAACACUUGUCAUCAUUGACAAUAAAUAUUUUUAUUCAAGAAAUUAUAAUUAUACUGAACAUUUUAUAGUUCAAAAUAUGUUUUGUUGAAAUUUUAUUUGUUAUGGCUACUUUCAGUAUCUGAUGUUGAAGAGGAGAUGGAAAUGAGUCCUGUGGCGGCAGGUGAUGCCAGUGAUGAGGAAGAUACAAUGGGGGAGAAGGGAGAUGAGGAAAAGCAAGUCAAGGAAAGCGUUGUCACUGAGGAUGUCAAGGAAAAGGAAAACAUAACAACAAAUAGCGCAAACGCGGGCGGGUGCAGGAAAAGAAAGAGGACCCAAAAAGUUGCUUCAAAAACUUUUGUGGAUGAGGAUGGGUUCAUUGGUAUGUAAACCAAAACAUAAUAAGUUCACUUGUAAGUAUACAGAUACCGGUACACACAUCUGGAUUGACAUAUACAAGAUCCAUUUCAAAGUAAUGGAUCUGCUUAAAUCUACAUAGGCAUGAGAGUGCAAAUAAUGGUCGAUUUCUUAAUAGAUUGCAUUUCAUUUGACUAGUAUACCAGGUGUCUAGUUAUUUGCAGUGUAGUCUUACAUUAUGUUAUCAAAAUAUAUAUUUUUGAAAUAAACACUUUAACUCUUGUUUAUGUUACAUGGAUAAAUUUAAAUGUGAUUCUGAUAUAAUAUUCCUAGUGGUUUAUAUAGAAGUGCGCCAUGUUCACUCAAUCAAAAAUCAUUUAUAAAAAAAGAAACAAAAAAACUCAUUUUAAUCCUAUCCAGAAAUUGUUUUAAAUUCUCUGUAUUGACUCUCACACUUUGCAUCCAUAUUUUACCCAUUCAGUAGAAACAAAAGACAUAAAAUAAAACUGGCCCUUUUCUCAUCUCUCUUAUCAAAUAAAAAUAAGUGACCACAAAAGUCACUGAAUGGGAGAGUGAGUCCGAUGACGAAGUUAUGGAAGUUCAGGAACAAAAACCUGUGAUAGCACCCACAAAGAAAAAUUCAGUUGCUCAGAAAGCAGAACCCAAAGGAAAAGCAGUAUGUAUUUUUCUUUUGAAAAAAGUAUAAAGUUAUUAUUAAAACUGUAGUAAAACAAUCAGAUUGAUGAGUGGCAUGGAAACAAGACAAUUACAAAAAUUAAUAUUCGAUUAAUUCAAUGCUUAAAUAAGUUUUAAUAAAAGUUGAAACACGGUUGCCUUUGGUUUUCAGCCAUCCAAGAAAGCAGCAGUCUCACCGCAAAAAGGCAAACAGACUUCCCUGAUGGCUUUCUUUAAGAAAAAAUGAAUUACCAGAAUAUUGUAGCAUGUUAUACCGUAUUUCAUAAUACUAUUGACCUGCAUUAUAAUUAUAUUUUUGUACUUGAAAGUGACUCUGAAGAGAUCACAGCAAUGUAAAAUAAAAAAAGUAAUUUGUGCCAGGGAACACAAAAUGAAUGCACAAACAGAUGGAGGUGUCAAGGAUUUUUCUAUUUUAGAAAGGUAACACUUAAAAAAUGUAAAUGAUCAUCAGAAUAGAGCUUUAUUUUAUUUAUAUGACUGAUCAUGUUACAGAUAAAUUCUAAUCAACCUUACUAACUGCAUAGAAAUAUGAUUCAGUUUGGGUCGCUCAUUUUCACUUUAAAUAUUUUUAUUUUUUGAGUUUCUAAAUAAGUGUUGCAAUAAGAAUCUGCCUCCCUCACUUUCUUUUUUUCUUAUUCCAAAGCACAAAAAACCCUUUUGUUGAUAUUUCAACAUUAGGUUUUGUUUAUAAUUUGAAGAAAUUAGUAUAUUAUAAUGUUAAGAGUUUGAUAGCCAUUUACUAUUUGUUAUUUUUGUGAAAAUGUGAAUUUUUCAUGAAACUUAUCACUAGAACAUUAUAUGAUAUCAUUGUUUUCUUUUUAAAUAAAAGUUGUUGUGG